AUGAUGGACAAAAUACUAACAUGUUUGAACGUAUUUAUCGAAAAAUCUGACGACUUGACUGCAAUAUGCCACCGAUGCGCUGUAAACGUCGAACGUUUCUACGAUUUUGCAAUGAUCGUGAAGAAAUCUCAAAACGAUUACUUAAGGCAACGGCAAAGUUCUCGACAACAUAACGAUAGUCUAGUGAGCAAACACCAGAUAAGCUCCUUUAGGGAGCAAGCAAAUGAAGCGGAUUAUUCAUUUUCAUUUCUAUUCCAAAACGAAGAUGCCAAAAAGAGUCUUCAAUCCAGUCCUCUCUUUUCAUACUGUACGCCGCAGAAUGUUUUGUUUAAAAACUCAAACGGUCUCGGGGCGAAUACUUCUCGGGCGCAAGUGAAGACCAAAACGGAGUACCGCCGAACCAAUCGUCUGAAGAAAUGGGGGACUCCUAAAAAAAUAUCAGGUGAUAUUUUUGAAUCGCAAUCCGACCUCGACGAAGCUGAAUUUAAGCGGCCUGAAUGGAAAUUGACUCCCAGUGACUGUAUCAAACAGAUAAAGGAGAAAUGCUUCGGGCGGUCCGGUAUAUAA